UCCCGCCACCAACCACUGACUUCACAAAACACAGCGCUCCCAGCACGCAGGCUAGAGGGGCAGUUGAUCCUAAGAUGAUGGCGGGCAAAAAUCUUCAGACAUUAAGGGAUCAGCUAGAAGGACAAACAAGAGAUAUCCAAAACCUACAAAAGGAAGUAGAGCAAGCCACACAGCGUGCACUAAGUUCUUUACCAUCAUCCUAUCAUGGUCACCAUCCGAUACCAACUGCCUCUCAUCAGUUCUCCUUAAUGCCAGAAAACGUUACAAGGACAGUCGUGGACAACAGUGCAAUUGUUCCAUUACAUUAUCACCAUCACCAAGUAUUACAACGCUCCUUCUCUGCUGAUCUGCCAAGUUCCUGCAAUAAAAGCUGCCUCAUGCCACAAUACAACCCGCUAGAAUGUGACCUGGGUGGAAGUGAUUUCAAUGUAAAGACACCUCUUUGGAAGUCACUGAAAGAGUACAUAAUCAAAGAUCUACCAGAACAAUCUAAUCAGAGCAGGAACAUGACUGGGCUUCAAAACCAGCAGGAGCGAAAGAUCCCAGAAGAACUGAAUGUGAGAAUUCAAAGUUUAGAGAUGGAACGAGAUGCCGUGCUUUUCAAGAGGUUUCAAGAGUCAAAGGCUCUGGAAGACAGAAAUGAACAACUUCAUGAAACAGUUCAGGAGCUACAAAAAGCCAGCCAUCUGCAGAAUGAGAUGUUAAAAAAGUCAAAUGUUUGCAAUGCACUUCUAAGAGAGACAGUCCAGGAGCAAGUUGAGGUUCUUCAGGACAUUGGGCAAGUCCUCUUGAGUUAUGAAGAGCGGUCAGGAAAGCAUGUGUUUGAACAAGGUUGUGCCCCUAGUCAUCACAUUAGCAGUUUAGCCACAACUGUGAAAAAAGUACUACAAGAACUUGAGACUGAGGCAGAAGAUCAGCUUAAUUCAUUAAAGACUGAGUUAAAAGACAAAGAGGCUCUUUUAGCACUUUAUAAAGAAAGGUUUUACAUUGCUGUUAAUGAACAAGAACAGCAGGUGGCAGCCCUUACUCAAGAAGCAAGCAAUUCCUUGAGAGAAGUCAAGAAUGUCAACAGUCAAAUGGAAACUUUCCAAGAACAGGUAAAAGGCCAAUGUGUGGUGUAUGAGGAGAGAAUUGCCUAUUUUGAAUUAACAGUGUCCCAGUUACAUUCAGAGCUACAGAGCAACAAGAAAAAGGCAGAAGACCUAAAAAUGCAGCUUGUGGCAGCUGAUUCUACCCUGACAGAGACUCACGAUAAACAUGCACAGGACAUACGGAAACAAGAUGAAAAACUCCAUCAGCUAAGGGAAUCACUACAAGCUUGUGAAAAACAACUGAACUUGGAAAAAGAACAGAGGAAACAAUUGCUGGACGAAAAUAAAACCAAUAUCCUGACCAAUGAGAAAAUCAAUAGAGAUCUCGUAGAACGCAGCAAAGAAAUAGAGAAUCUGCAUGCCAAAGUCAAAAUGCUGAAAGACACCCAUGAGAGACAAAUGAAAGAACAGAUUGCAGUUAUAAAUGAAAAAAAUGAAGGAAUUAAAUUCAUCUUAUCCCAACUGGAGUCUACAAAAGAGUUGCUGGACAAGACUGCUCAAGACCUCCAAGCUAAAACCUUUACCUUGCAAAGUGCAGAGAAGAGCAUAGAAGACUUAAAAAUGCUUUUGGAGGAGAAAGAUGCAACGUUAAAGAACACAAUGGGCAAACUGAAGAAGCUGCGUGCAGAAAACAAAAAAUGUGAACUUGACAACAAUGAUUUAGAUAAAAUGCAGACAGAAAUAGAAAAGAUGAGGGUCUACAUGGCUGAAAAGGAUCACUACAUAAAAGCCUUGCAUCUCCAAAUAGAACAUCUCUUCCAAGCAGUUGGACAACAAAGUGAGAAGUUAAAUGUCUUGCAGGCGAGGAAUGCCCAGCUUCUGGAAGAAAUGAAGUCAAUGGCAGAAAAGAAUAAUACAAGAAUUUGUGAGUUGGAGUUGGAGAAAACCGAAUUGUCAAAUGCAACCAUCAAGCUAAGAACAGAAAGAGAUCGAUUAAUGUCGGAGCUUAAAGACACUCGCCAUAACUAUGAGAAUUUGGAAGCUGAUUAUGCAGUGUUAAAAAAGAAUUACCAAGUUAAAAAUGAGGAGUUAGUGGGCACAAGUGCAUCUCUUAAAACACAACUUCAUACUGUGCUUACUGAACUGGAACAAACAAAAAGCAUUUUAAGGAUCAUAGAAGGCUGUGAUGGACAUGCUGUUAAAGUAGCAUUGAGAAUGCAAAAGAAAAUGACAGCAAAAAGAGAGAAGAUAGAUACUCUGCAAAGCAGGAUUCAAUUCCUGGAGGAAGCUCUCUCCCGUGCCGAUAAGGAGAAACAACACUUAAAAGAGGAGGACAAGCUGACGCAGGAGCAUGUAAACGCAGAAAGGUGCAGGCUCUCUGAAAACCUAGAAACAUUACGUGAUGAGAAUAAAACGUUGAAAGAUCAAGUCUCAAGAAUGCAAGCUUCCAUGGACAAGGCAGCUUUGCGGUUCUCUGAAAGCCAAUCAAUAAUUCAGCGUUUGGAGAAGGAAUCUAUGCGCUUGCGGAUAAAACACACUCUGGAAAUGAAGGGGAUCGCAGUUCCGACUUCUGAGCAUAUAGCUGUUCCAGUCUCCUGUGCAUCAGUCCAUCUUCCAUUCACUCAGUCUAAUCUGCGGGACAAGCCUUUAAGUGAUGUCACAUAUGGUACAGAACAAUCUUCCAGGAAUAUGAUCACAGAAAAACCCACUCGUGAUCGUCUGAGUCUGUCAGACAAAUUACACAUCAUGAAUUAUAGAGGGAUGGAUGUACAUCAGAAUAAGAUCAAUGAUGACAAACCACAUCACCUGAACACCUCCAUGGAUCCAUCAAUGUUGUUUACUGCUGAUCUUCAAGAUAAAGACCCAACAUUCUCCUUUGCAAACACUGAAUGCCCAUUUUUAACAACUCCGUGUUACACCUCAUCACCCAAAAAACCCUCCAUUGACCAGAGAUCUGAAUGCAAGUCUCCAGUACACUCCCUACUGACUACUCCAGUUGAUGCCUACGAAGUUGCUGGCAGCUUAUCAAGAAGGCCCUUGUCUGUUAGUGUAUCUUCACAGGACUCUAGUCUCGGUGAACCAUCCACUGAAAACCUGCAAAGCAGGCUGGAAAAAUUGCAGACUAUGGCCAAGGACUUACAAGCCAAAAAUAAAGAAAUGUCACAAAUGGUCAGGAAGAAAGAAAACAGAACUGCAAAAGACCAUAAAAAUAGAGAGCAUGAGUGAUGAAAUUAAACACUUGGUUUUCAGUCAUUGAUGCUUGCACAAAUAUUUCUUAUUUUCUAAUGAAUUUCACUUAUUCACAAAAAAGAAACUAUUACAAUGAAAUUAGGAUUCCCUAUAUGUGGGAUAAUAGGAAACAAAUAAAAAUGAUGACAAGUGUGUGACUU